AGUCUUCUAAGACUGGUCUUUGUUCGUCGAUUUUGAUUAAAGAGGAAAAUCGCCUUCUGGGUUUUGGCUGGAUUUCGAGAUCUGAGCACCUGAAUGGCAAUACUCCUUAUGGUUUUGCAUUUGGCCACCAUUGUGAAACCUUGGGGAGUGUUGCUUUUCUUUUGGUGCUCAUUGCUUGGUCCAUUUCUGCGCUUUGAGUGGAUCCUAAUGUCUACUAGCUUCAGGUAGUUCUCCAUUUCCCAGAUUGUUCUCCUGUAAUUUAUUUCGUAUGGACUUGGCUUGUGGAUUUGAUAGUGUCGGCAAGAACAAGUUAUUAAAUUUAAUGGUUUGUUUGACACAAAGGCUAUGAAAUUUAUGGGUUUGUUUGACACAAAUUUCUCCAACAUGGGGAGAGGAACUGUUCAUUUUGUGAGAGACUAAGAGGUUGAUAGGGAAGUCGGAUCAGGAAUUAAUAAUAUUAUGAACCAGCAAUGAUGUUAGUCGACAAAUCAAGAGAGAUAAAAGGCUGUGUUCUGUGUUCGGUUUGUUUGGAUGACCUGCCAGAAAACUUGAAUUCUGACGUCAAAUAUGUUAUCAGGAGAAUAGAGCAACAAGCUGAUUUGGGCUGAACAAUGUCUUUUUUGAAGUGGUUUUGGUUGUGAUCUUCACUACUUUAGGACUGAUUCACUGUUUUAUCAUCUCUUUGGUGUGACAAGUUGUUGAACUUUCUAUAGUUUUUUAUGAUGUAUUUACGUUGCAAUCUGAAUUUGCAUGGCAAAUCAAUGCAACUACUAGGUUGUUUAAUUUGAAAAUUGAAAUAUGCUUCUCUGUUGCUGCUGGGCAAUUUCUCCCUUUCUUUCCUUUUGGUCUUUGCUUUCUUAAUUUUAAGGUUCCUUUGUAUAGCUGUACCGAUCGUUUGUUAUAAUUGUUUCUUUUCUUUCAUUUGAUAAUUUUCGAUGUUUAGGACAAGUAGAAUGAUUUGCCCACCCCUUAGGACAACUUUUGAACUUGGAAGUAAGAAGAAAAUAUCAUACAUUGAUGGCCCAAAUGCAUUAAAAUGGUGUGCCUUCAGGUUGUAGCUUCAAAGAGGGAAACAAGAUAAAAUUUUAAUUAAAAUAAGUUCCAUGUUUAGGACAUUUCAAAAAUUUUUAUUUUUGUGAAAGUAUGGUUAUUUUCUAAUAAUAACAACUGAUCAUCAGUUCAUUCGGUUUGGAAAUACAAACUGACUUAGGGGUAAAUAUCAUAGACCAGAGGGUUUGGAUUUUCAAAGUAAUAAAAAUUGAAUUUAUAC